AUGGCAUCCCUCCAACUACUCCAUCCCUGGGGAGGGCUAGUGGUUCGGGCAAGUCAGCACCCUUUCCCUUCCCAAGAGGCCAUGGGGCCUGGAGAAGGGGCAAAUCCUCCUCCCUAGGGUUACUCCAGGGCAGGGCACAGGGGAGCCUCCCCAGGUGGGGCCCCCAUUCUGCCCUCUGCCCUGGAUGAGUGUUCUUUGACACAGCCCCACCACCCUCUGAACAAAUAGGAGUACCCCACUCCCCACCCAGGGGGAUCUGGUGGCUGGGCAACCUCAGCUGGGAUUUUCAGAAUCGGUUAA